AUGGGCGAGGCCCAUUGCGUCGGCCACUCUGGAAAGGCGGCCGCCGCCGCCGCCGCCACGGCCGCAGCGACCGCGCAGCGCCGCCGCCAUAGAGUCCAACUGGCGGCCGCGGCCGGCCUCCUCUUGCUGCUUCUCGCCGCGAGCGACCUGGCGUCCCAGCUGCCUCGGCUGGACAGCAGCGGCGGCCGCGAGACCAUCCCGGGGCGCGUCGCAGCACUGUUCCGGCCGCGCGAGGCGAGCGCCGCGGCGCGCCUGGCCGAGCGGCGGCGGAAGGAGCAGCAGAUGACGGCCUGGAGGCCGCCGCACGACCGGCGGGUGGCGUUUGUGCACAAGUCGGCGGACCCCAUCACGCUCAGGGGCCUGCGCGCCGCGCAGCUCGCGAAGCAGCAGGUCGAGGCCGCGGGCGGCUGGUACGUUUUCGUGUACUCGCUGUACCCCUCCUCCCUGCCAGAGGGCACGGGGCUGCCGGCGUCGGAACGCCAGCGGAUGACGCUCAACGCGCUGCGGGACGCGCUCGGGGAUGAGUCAGUCGUAGUCAUCGGGCGCGAGCAGGUGGUCGCGGCGCUGGGGGAGGGCGUGCUGGGCGCCUACAAGCGGCUGCUGACGAAGCAGAUGCGCCAGAAGAAGUGGGCGUGGUCGACGAACGACGUGGUGGACAUCACAUGGCACGAGCAGUACGGCGCCGCCCUCCCGUCGUGGGCGGAGCAGGUGUGGUCUGUCGAAUUGGACGUCGCCUGGACUGGCAACAUCGUGGACGCUCUGCUGAUGACUGUCAACACGACUAAUGCUGACUGGGUGGCCUAUGAGACCGAGCCGUCCACCCGCCGCUGGUUCUGGCACACCUGCCACAACUGGCUGGAGCGCGGCCAGGAGUGGAAGAGCUACAGGCACGCGGCGCGCUACAGCCGCCGGCUGCUCCGCGCGAUCGCGGCGGAGAUGCGGCGCGGCCGCGUGCAGUGCGACGAGCUGACGGCGCCUAGCAUCUGCAUGCUGAGCCCCGAGUGGUGCGUGGUGGAUGCCGGGUGGCAGCCGGGGCACCCGGCGGCGGGGUGGGACCCGCGGACGGGGGAGGACCUGUACCGAUGGGACGCCCUGAUCACGCCGGAGCAGUGGGACGCGGUCCUCAGGGCGUCGCCCGCCGGCAGCAGCAAGCUGUACCACAAGAUCAAGUGGUGA